AAGCCACGACCCACAAAGAAAGAAAGCUUGGAAUUUGCCGCGAGGACAGCUUUUGUUCACUGAGAACAAGAAAGCCAACUUCCUCUUUCUUUGCCUGCAAGAAUCAGAUCCCAACACGACGGACAAAAAGAAAGGAUUUCCCAAAAGCAGAACUUUGGAAAUAUUCUCGCUCGACGCGUCUUCAUAUCCCCCAUCAUCCCAUGUCCUCUUCCCAUAAUCUCUUUAAACUCCAUAAUUGAUUUCAUCAUUCGCUUGCAAAAUCAUGUGUAGAAUAAACUCCGCCAGGUUCAUGCCCCCAAAGGUUUGCUGCCUGACACUGAGGAUGAGCCUAGAUUGUAAUGCUUGUUGCAGGAAACUUAAAAGAAUCCUCGUGAGCAUGAAAGAGAUCGAGACGCACUUGAUCGAGAAACCGCACAACCGAGUUUACGUGUGCGGGAGGCUUAGGCCAUCCGAUGUGGCAAUUAAGUUGAGGAAGAAGAUGAACCGUCGAGUUGAAAUAUUGGAGAUUCAGGAUCUUGAUGGCGGUGACGAACAUUUGGAGCACAACCCUCAGGUGAUCGAACAUGUCGAGCCGAGGCAAUCGAUGAUCGGCCAUCAAGUGCACCCGAUGGACUUCCAUGGCCAAUGCAUGCCCGAUGGCAAUAUUGGACUUUGUGGUUGAUUGAUGUGAUCAUGCAAAUCAAUAAAAAUUGCCGCAUCGUCAUUUGUAAAUUGACCGCACGGGCCAUUAAAGGGAAUUCGCAGAAAUGAAUUCCAAGGAUUUUAGCAAGUAGAGAUAUGUACAUAUAGAUCAUAUUAAUUUCAAUCAUGAUUUAAAUGGAUCGCGUG